UGUGUGAACCGUGCGCGCGGAAUAUCCGUAUUUGCUUUUCUGUCUCCGACCGUCCGCAGCCGUCCAAGUUGCAUCAACGAAAAGCUCGCCAGCCGUCGUGUGUGUGUGUGUGUGUUGUGGUGACUCCACAAGUGUGUCUCGUGUGGAUACAGCGAUGAAGGCCAGGGUAUUUGGAUGCUGCGUCGUGUGCUAAAACAGCAUGGAAGAAGACUCUCCGGUUCGCCUCAACGGGCGGAGGAACCGUCGGCGGCUGUCAGGUGACUCUACCAAUAGCGACAGCAUGCCAGACAGCCACGACUGCGACUUCGAGCCAGCACUGGAGUUCGAUGACACUGAGCUGGUGCAGACGUCGCUUGGCACCCAUGGGAACCUGCCAAUCAAAGCUGGUGAGCCCAACCGGAAUCUCACGGUGCACCUUGAUCUGAGGGACACGACCUCAGCCAACGGCCGGUACACGAGCAGUGGCAGCAAGGGUGGCAGCUCCUCCUCACCCGAGUACCUGGACUCCUCGCCUUCCCUCUCGGAGAGCCUGCUGGACGACAACAACUACGAGGCCGUGCUGGGCCUCGACCUCGAACCGCCCCCCGACCUUUUACCACCCCAGGAUGGCCGACCACAGCUGGAGGACUUCGCCGACAUUGAAUGCCACGGCAUUGUCGACAUUGCUGGGGACGACGCUUAUGGUCGCAACGUGAUUGUCAUCUCGGCAUGCAGACUGCCACCUCACAAAGAGUUGAACCACCCAAAGUUUCUCAGGUACCUGAUGCACACCCUGGAUCAGUUUGUGGAGAGUGACUACACACUGGUGUAUUUCCACCACGGCCUCAGCAGCAAGAACAAGCCGUCUCUGGGCUGGCUGUGGACCGCAUUCCGCGCAUUUGACCGCAAGUACAAGAAGAACCUCAAGGCCCUCUAUCUAGUCCACCCAACUGGCUUUGUCAAAAUACUCUACCAGCUGUUCCGGCCAUACAUUAGUGCCAAAUUUGGGAGGAAAAUCUCAUAUGUGAACCACCUGCACGAGCUAAAGCAGCAUGUCCACUACGACCAGCUGCGGAUACCGGAGCAGGUGCUUGAGCACGACCGGAAGCUCCUGUCCAAGGGAGCACGGAUCCCACACUCUCACAGCAGUGGCUUCUUCACUGCACCCACAUAUCAGCCAACGCAGCAGUUUCGGGCCUCCCUCGAGCACAUCAAGAAGCACAACAAUGGGGACCCAAUUCCAAAUGUGGUUCGGGACUGCAUCACUUACCUGGACAAUGACAACGCCCUGGAGACCGAAGGCAUCUUCAGACGUUCUGCCAACACGCAAGUGGUCAAAGCAGUGCAGGCACUCUUUGAUGAAGGCAAGUACGUCAACUUUGAUGCUUACAAGAAUGUGCACGUUGCGGCAGUGAUCCUCAAGACCUUCCUCAGGGAGUUGGAGGAACCCCUGCUGACCUUUGACCUUUAUGACGAUGUCAUGAGCUUCCAAGAGCUUGACCAGUCUGAGAAGUUGGCGCAGGCACGUACCUUGCUGUUGGAGCGGCUGCCUGAGGACAACUAUGAGCUGCUCAAGUACAUUGUUGAGUUUCUCGCCAAGGUGAUUGACCGGAGUGAUCUGAACAAAAUGACGGCAUCCAACCUUGCCAUUGUGUUUGGCCCAAACUUGCUGUGGUCUCGCCAGGAGCAGGCCUCGCUCAUUUCCAUCACCCACAUCAACCAGUUCACCGAAUACGUCCUACGGAACCAACACCUGCUGUUCGGCAAGUGAGACAUUCCACGGUGGAGUGCUUUUCAAUAGAUGAAUGGCUGUUGAAAUUAUUGUGUUUAUUGACAAACCUGAGCUGACAAAAGCUUUGAUUGCUGCUUGCCAUUAUCUUACAGUGUGAGUGCAACGUUGCUAGUACUCUGCGUGUGUGUGUGUUGUGCGAAUUGGUUGUCUUGCUUGUAUGCCAGCAUCGAGCCACUGUGUGGCCACAUUGGCAGUUUUGAAAUGACCAAUCUUCGCGAUGGAGGUGCAGUCUUGCGGCAUCUACUUAAACAGUCUGCUCUCGUUCAGCAUCUCACAAAGGCUUUUGUGGUGUUGGUUGUCAUGCUAGUUGAUCUUACAGCUUGCACCAAGUACCAUUCUUGUAAAGCAUUUAAUUGGCUCAUCAAAUGCAGGCACUGCGUUGGCCAUUAGGGCGCUGGACGUGCUAGCCUUCAUCGCUACUACCACCGUCACAGCCAGAGUCCCAGUGCAGAUGUUGUCUUGUGGCACAGUGGGCAUGACUAUGGUCUUUGCAAAAGAAGCUGGCAGAGGAAAAUUUAUAUCGAAAGAUCAAAUUAAAAAUAUUCCAGUUCAUUCUGAAACAUUUUUGAGGCACCACAUAUCUUUUAAAAAGACCUGGAGUCGGGCAAUGGAAGGUAGUGUUUUGUUAUUCGUACACGUAUACCAUUUGUGAUGGUGGGGCGGUCUCUGAAAAGCACCAGUCAGCUUUGCACCACAGUCACAUGUGUCUCUUGUGCCAGUGUGGUGACGCUACUUAAUGGCAAGAAACAUUCGCGAUUCACUUCAUUCUAUGGAUUUGCCAAGGUUUGAUUGUAGCUUGUUAAUAUGCUCCUUUACAAGAUGGUCACAAGGGCAGUUUGACAAAGAUUUUCUGGAAAAGUUUCAAUACAUGAUUAUUUCAUGGAACACACAAAAAAAAGUUGCACUGUGUGCUGACGGUGUCGGUCAGUCAUGCCUGUUUCCACAUGCUUCCACCACAAGUGUGUUGAAUGUUGUAUUAUUUAGAUAUAUGCGAUUAAAACGGCGACUCUAUCCUGCUCAUGUUUUAUACAUAGGUUGGAUGUCAUGCUGUGCAAUGCUUAGGUGCAUUACCUGCCUGUUUGACGCAAUAUAGCAUAGUAAUGCUGUUGGUAUUUUAUUUGUUAUGAGCAUGAUUUGCUACGCAUUGGCAUUUCAAUUUUAUUGUUAUAUUCGGUAUACUGAAAUUUGACUCCAUGUGGCAAUGCCAGACAAAAGAAUAAUUUUGCUGCAGUGGGACCAUCUGUUGUUGGUCACAGUGAUAGAUGUUCGCAUUACAAAAUGUUUUCUUUUGUAAGCGUAAUCUGCUUCUGUGCUACUAGUAGAAGCGCUGGUCUCCAGAAAUUCAGCCUCUAUACUUCACAAUGUUAAUGAAAACCAGCAGGUGAUGAAGGCCGAUAGAGGGGACGACUGCCGUCAUAGGUCUGUUGGUAGAGCGUCAGGCGCGGCAUCAGAAGGUUGAAGGUUCGGCCCCUGCCGGCGGCAAGUCGUCUUUUCAUACACUUUACUUUCUUUACAUUUAUAUCUUAAUUACUACAAUAAAGAUAAAACAGUGCAAUUAACAUCCCCUAGGCAUCAUUAUCUGCUGGUUUCCAUUAAGGUUGUGUCAAGCAAAGAAACGAGCCCUCAGAAUUCCCUUCCUUCAUUGAACCUCUCUUUGGUCAGAUCAUUAUAAUUGCAGCUCUUUUCUUUUUUACUUUCAUGUGAAUAAUCUCUGCAUGGCAAACAACAGUUGUAUUUCAGCAACACAUACCGAAGUCCAAACACACCGCUGUGUUUCAACCUGUCAGUGCACCUUUGAUGACACCAUAACAUCUAGGGCACGUCUUCGUGGUGGAGUAGUUGGGAUUUUUUGGUGACCUUUUAUUUUUCCAAUUUUCCCUGACAUAAGAAAUGGCUUUCAUGCCGAUUCAGAAAAGGGAAACUGACAAGCACCCACCUGUAGCACGAAGCCUCUAGGACAUCCAUACGGAGCAGUCCCCCCGGAAAGGCGUUCGAUUCCCGGACAAGGAUGAAUUUUUCCGCAACUGAGACUGAGAAAUCCCUAUGAAUUAUCUUGUGGCUUCACAAUGCAAACAGGUGAUUGUCAAUUUCCUUCUAUUAACGCUUCCACAACCUUGCAAGAUUUCGCAGAGCCAAUUUGCAGCAUGCUGAUUCAAAUGCUGUUAGCAGGGCCUGUGCACAGUAAUGUGGUUCUAUAUGUUUGCUACAACCUGAAGUCGUGACAACAGCCACUGUCCUUUUGCUGCCACUACAACCUCUGUGUUUUCUCCACUAAGUAUAUAUUGGUGGUUUUGUCCACCUCUGACUGCAGGCUUUCAGACUACUGACAAGCUUACUGCGAUAUCGCUUGUUAUGAGAUAAUGUUGAGGGUAUACUUCCUCGAUAUCCUACUAGCAGAAAAAAGCUAUGGAAAUGCAGCAUUAUUUAAAAAGGAUAAAACUGUUCACCUAGUAAAGAUAAACAGUGCAAAAAAACACUGCUAUGAAAAGCAAGCACCCAGGACAAGUGCCGACUUCCAGCUGAGUUUUAUAGACAUGAAUGCGUCAUGUAAGUAUCUGCGGGAACAGCUACAAAAAAGGACAGGAAGAAGUGCGCUGACACGCAAGCAGCAAAAACAGCAAUGACAAUCACAGUGGCUUGCAGUGCAAAGCCCUGCAUUCCAAGAAACAGAGCUCCCUGUCAGAUAUGGCAGCCGACGGUGUGCUUGUGCACCUGCACCAUCUGAGCUGCCUCACUGAUUAUGCGCACUUGCUCAUCCUUCAUCACAUACACAGCUGUGAUCCACUGGAACUGCAGAGUGCAUCCACACGUGCUCACAUGCAGUGCCAGGAAGCCUUCUUUACCAUUACGUACUUUAUUGGCAUGCUCACGUAGGCGCUCGCUUAGGCAUCUGCCUGUCUGGCCCAUGCCACAUGCCCCGCAAGACAAGGGGAUCCUCUGCACAAUGCCUUGCACAUAGUCGACAAGCUAUGUGCAGUGUUUGACGGCUCAUUGCUUCCCGCGCCUCUUUAUGAGACGGGUCCUAUUUGCCAGCUGGGACAGCUUGUCAGGAUCACUGAAAAGAACUUUCACACGAAUACAUUGCUCUGUUUCGUAGCCGUGCUUUUUUGUGCUGUUUACCUUCGGCAUGAAUAACUAACUAGCCCAGUCAGCUACUUUAAUGUCCACCUAGGUUACUGUUCUACUUAACAGCUCUCACAAACUGUGUAGCAGCAAAGUUCACUGCUUAUUGAUGCCGGUAACUUGUUCGAUAUUUCCUUACUUUCAAGACUUUGCGUGUCUCAAUGCAUUAGCAUUGCUUGCUUUCAGACCCGUUGGCUCACACUCGAAGGAGGUGAGCAUUGUGAAAGCCACUGGCACGCUUGCACAAGUUGCAUGAAAAAAAAAAAAGUGAAGCAUUACAAUAACAGUUACUUCGUCGAAAUGCAAUUUCUUAUGGUGCACCCGUUACAGCCCCCAAGAAAAUAGUUGAGGAAUUACUGAAAAUUAAACGCUAAUACUGCAUGCGUCCCAACUUUUAUAGAAAUUGUGCAGAAUAUUUCUUCAACAGAAUGAGCUGGCCUGGAGCCCUUUGUGCAUUGUUCAUCUUCGCUUGCUUUUCAAGAUUUUCACUGGUUACCUUUCCUGGCUUUUUUUGCAAUGACAUGACACUGAAUACUCUGUGCAUUGUAGGGACACCUUGCACAGAGUGUUGUUGUUUCAUUGGCUUGAUGUUUGCGUUCCUGCUGUGAAGUACAGCGCAUUACCGUUCCUAUGGCUCGGAAUCUGUGAGCAAAGGUGCUGCCAAUGGAGGUGCAGCGGCCAUUGCUACCAAGCAAUGCACUUUUCUGUUGCACUAAAUAAGUUUUAAAUAUGCAUUGCAAACGAGCCACAGCAGUUCUGGGCCAAAUGACGAAGUCCAGGUCUGCCUCACCUGCUUUGUGGCACCACCAUUCUUGUUUAGUUGCCACCUGAUUGGAACGCUCAACAGUGAUACACUUCCGUAAAGAAAAAAAUCGUUACUUAUAAAGUUAAUUAAAUUGACAUAACUGUUACUAAGUGUGUAACUUACGCAGAUGACACCAGCUUGUUUUUUGAUGGUGAUUCUGGUAUGGAAAUAUUGAGUCGAGCCAAUAAGACACCUGGUUGCAUGCAUGCUUGCUCCGUGAGAACAUUAAUGCAGAGAAAACCAAGGCUGUGCUAGUUUGUGCACGUGACGAACAGUUUGAGCUAUAUCUCCCAUUUAUUUAAAUGGUAAUAUCAUAGAAGUAGUGCCAUCUUUCAAAUUACUGGGCGUAUACCAUAUUUUAUGGCAUAUAACCUGCACCAAAGAAUGGAAAAAUGUGCUUAAAAAGUGGGGGUGCGGGCUAGAUAUGGGGGUUGUAUGCACGUCUUGUUUUUUUUUCCUUUUUAUAGAUUUAAAAUUAGGGGUGCCGGUUAUAUGCGAGAAAAUACGGUACUUCUUUUGAAACUAUUUCAUGGGAUUGCCAGAUUGAUCACAUAAUUAGCAAACUGUCAAGAGCGGCAGGCACUAUGCGUCAUUGUAGUUACGUUCCUUCAUAAAUUAAUAUGCUUUUGUAUAAUUAAAUGUUUGUUCACUAGGUUCAGUAUGGCAUUCUUGUCUGGCGAACGACUUCACUAGAGGACAUGCAUAAACUGGCAGUACUGCAAAAAAGGGCAGCAUGCCUAGUGUCCAUGGCACCACGCACUGGUCCUUUGGUCUUAAAGCUCAGUAUUAUAAAAAUAGAGUCUUUGUACCAAUAGAGAAUUGAAAAAAAUGAAGAAUGAUAACACGCAAACCAAUCUGGCUUCCUUACAGCGUCAUAUCUCCUUUUCAAACAUAUGUCGACCAGAACACUGGAAUGUUAACACUAGUAGAACUACCUAUGGCGGCCAAAUGCUGCAGUUUUCUUUACUGAGGCUGUUAAAUCAGACGCAGAAAGAACGCAUAUAACCUAAAUAUGGCUCUUCUGUUUUUAAACCAUCUACGCCAUGUAUUUGUAUGAUUGUAAAUACUCGUGUACGAGGUUCAUGUUCAUUUCAUGAACCUUCUUUGUUGUGCUUGUACGGAAUGUUUCUCUUUGUAAUAUUAUAUUUUCUAUUGCUUUAAGUACAACUGCUUGCGCAUACUGUAUUCCAAUGUGCUAGUAUGCUUUAUUUGCCCGCUGUGAAGCUGCCCUGUGUAUUAACUGGCCAGGUUCACCACAAGCUGCUAAUCACAGCUUUUAUUGCUUGGUCAUCCUCGCAACCCAGUGGCAAAUGAAUUGAUUAAUAAUUAAUGUCAUAAUGUUUUGCAAUCAAGCACGAUGAUGCAACACAUAAAGUGGACUAUACCGCAAACUUUACAGUACUAGUUGUAUUUGCAAAACAGAACAUGUUUUGCAUGCAGAUGAUGUGUGACUAGUGCCUGGGUGGAAGAGCCGAAAACAAACAAACAAAAAAAGUUUAAUUUCAAAAGUUGCCAAAAAGGUAACUAACUGCACGGGAUCUGGUUGCUAUCGGCAACUUGUAGAUGCUGGAUUAAUUUGUGUGUCUUGAGCACAGGCACCGAAUGUGUCUGGCGGCACGAAGGAAAGUACUGCUAAUUUGCGGCCUUCUUCUGAUCUUUCACCAACCAGCCAAGCACAGGGUGCAUUGAUAAUUCCUUUUGUGCAAGAGCUUAAAUGAGAGAAAAGUGGCACACACUGCUGUGCCAACAUUGAUAUUGACAUUGCCAAGUCGGCACAUGUCAUCAACGGAAUGUGUACAGGUUCUCAAAACCCGUGACAACUCUUGAAAUUUAAAAAAAUAGAUUUUGCUAUUUUAGCGCACCGUUAACAAGACAGAGGACAGAAGAACGACACAGACACUGUCCUCUGUCUUGUUUGACAGUGCGCUAAAAUAGCAAGGUGGAUUACCGACACGCCCAAGCCUACACUCUUUCAAGUUAAAAAUACAAUUUCAAGGCCCUUGGAAGGCUUGGAAUUCUUCUCUUUCCUUGAAAGCACUUUAAUUUCUUGACCAAUAACUAUGCUACGGGAGAUGAUCUGGCAUGCUUCCCGUUAUAGAAACAAUACGAGUUCACAUUACCUGUUUUGUAUGACUUGUGAAGAAAUCUUAUCAUGAAUGGUGACCUCCACACCCUGUGCUAUGAUUCGUCUCACUUGCCCACUUACUAACGAUCCAGCACUUAUGUUGACCUCCUCAUUUCUUUUGAGCAAGCGGCGUACGGAUAUCUGCCAAUAUAAUUAGCAGCUUGACAAAUGUCCGCUGUCCUCAUACAGCCAAAGCUGAAAAAAAAAAUGCUGUAUGCUGUAGUCCUAAUUGAAGCUGCUAACAGUGUUUUUUAUUAGCUCUUUUUUUGCAUAAUUACAUGGGACAUGAGAACAGUGAUUACUAGCUACUGCACUGACAUUGGGAAGGUUUGGACAUGUCAGGGGCUGCUCAGAAUGAUCUGGUGGGCUAGUUGCUUAUGCAUGUCUGAUCACAAAAACCUCUCGACACAGACAGGCCUUGUGUCCCCCUCUGUCUGUGCAGAGGCGUCCACUUCUACCUUGAACACCUCACCAUGUGACCAGCGGUCCGCGGAGCGCCUCUCGCGGGCGCUUGGGCAACUAGUGCACAAGCGCAGUGACAGCUGUAGGUGGGGCAUUCACAGCGUCGUCUGCUAAAGCGCGGCGGCUCCGCCGAACCGCGCUUGCUUUGCGGUAAAGCUAACUUCGCUCUUGCUAUGCACACGCAAAUCGAGAAUCAGGCACGGUUCUCGAGAAGCGCAGCGACUGCACCUCCUUCUGUCCGGUUUUUGCUCCUCGUUUUCUUUGUUUUCUGCAUGAGAUCUCAGAAGUAAUAAACCAUGGCCCCUACAUGAGUAAAAUCUCCAAGCCACACUGCCACUCCCACAACUCAGCUGCUUUGUGCCGAACAGCUACAAUAUACCGGCGACUGACAAAAUUGUUCUCAUCAGCUGAAGCUUUUGCUACACAAAGUUGAUAAUAAUGAAAAAAAAAAAGAUAAGUUUGACUGUGCUGCGAAUGGAAGGCUUACCAAAAACUUUCCGCGUUGUACUAAAGUUUUGAGCCAAGAAAGAUAUAAAACGAUAUGCGGGCCUUGGGUCGCCUAGAGAUAAAAAAGGAAGUGAAGCUUUAUUUAGCGCCUGCUUACAGAAGUAAAGAUUUGUCAGCGGCGCUUCUUUGGUGCGCUGAUUGCCUGGUAUGAGUUCAGCUGAAAACUCUAUUCGAACGCUUCUUUAUUUGUCUGCAUGAAUGGUACGAAAAACACGUUUGCAAAUGAACAGCAAAUUAGGGCGGCGUAUUGGCGAGUUAAAUUCUCUAGUGCAUGAAUGCAGCGGGGCUGACAACACCCGAAUGUUAUGUAACUUCUCUGAAUUGGAAAACUGCUAACAUCCUUUUGUUUUCAGGUGACUAACGAAUUGAAACUUUCGCCCAUUCAAAGCUGUUAUGUCAUACCUUACAAUGUAUUUGCCGCCAAUUCUGCGGCGCCUAACUUUUAGGCUGACCAAAAACAAUCGCAAGAGCAGCGAUAACAUUCUGGUAGGGCAGAAAGCAGCUUAGUUGUGGGAGUUCCAGUGCUGCUUGGAGAUUUUACUCAUUCACGGGCCAAGGUUUAUAACUUGUGAGAUCGCAUGCAGAAAAGAAAGGAAACACUAGGCAAAAGAUGGACGCAACAAGGCGCAUUCAAUGCGCUUCUGAAGAACCAUGCCGGAUUCUCAAUUUGCGUGCGCAUAGCAAGAGCGAAGUCAGCUUCACCGCAAAGGAAGCGGGAUUCGGCGGAGCCAUCGCGCUUUAGCAGACGACGCGACGAAGGCCCCACCUACAGCUGUCACUGCGCUUGCGCGCUAGUUCCCCAAGCACCCGCGAGAGGUGCUCUGCAGAGCGCUGGCCACACGGUGCGGUGUUCAAGGUGGAAGUGGACGCCUCUGUACAUGCCAAUAAGUUUUUGUGGGCUGUGAUCACAUAGACUUGGCAAUCAAGACUUGACAUUUCUAAUCAAAUAUUUUAAUUUCUAGUGCAUUAAAUCAAUCCUUUGUGUUUUGGCAACACUGUUAUAGUGGAAGAUUUCUAGUUGGGAUGCUGCUCUGCAUGCUGAACCACAGCGCAACUGCUGAGACGAUAAGACGAAGGAGGGACACUAAGAGGCACUGACUUGGUUGCGCUGUGCUUCACCAUGCAUCACCAGUUCACCCAAUCUUCACACUGAAGAAUCUUUGACAGGUACUUUUGAAUUUUAGCCCUGCAAUACUGCACGAGCCCUGAAUGGUUUCGACAUGUGCCGACUCUGUGCAAAAUGCGUUUUUCUGUCAAAUUUCUGUGCUGGCUGUGAGAUUACUUUAGCAGAAACUGUGUUGCUGUUGCCAUGCAUUCUGCUCCACUGCGUAUUGACCAGCAAGGUUUGUUGCUAAGGUAAACAUUAAAAUCCAGCCAGCAGUAUGUAUUCCAAAGUAUGAAUCCGAUUUUAUGCACUUUGGUAGGAUGGCUCCAUGCCAACAUUGUCCAUCUGGCACAGCUGUUCUGGCAUUCUGCACAGUGUGGCCACCAAAUGUUGUGUAACAAGGACAUCAGACACCGUGGUCAUAAAAAAAAAGCAUCUUUCGGUGUCAGGCUGCUUGGCUGCUUUAUCCUUUUUUUGUUUGUGGCAAUCCAAUUGGAAAAAAAAAUAUGUUUCUGCUAGAAAAUGCUCUGUCGUCAUUUGCCUGUAAAGCGGUGCAUGUGGUGUUUGGCAAUUGCAGUAUGAUAGCAUCAUACAUGACUUCUGCUUUGCCCUAAAUUAUGCAUGCAAAAUGAGUGCAACCUCUAGGCAUUGGCCAAGCCGUCUUGGCACUAAACAAAAGAAGGGGAAUGUAUUGAGGGCCCGUUUCUUUGCUAGAUUAUGGAGCAUUCGGUAUGCUUCCAUAUUAGCACAUCCUGUCGCAAUUGUCACGGCUUUGCUGCCAAAUGCGUAUUGAGCACAUACCAAAGCCUUUCUGUCUUUUGCAUUCUUUAUGUUUUCAUGUACAAGCUUCAGGGACGCAUCAACGAGAUGCAAAACUGCAAAUAUGCACAGCACAAUUAUUGUACAAAGAAAGUGUUCAAAGUUCUGCAUCUCAACUGUGGGAUUCAUUGCUUUAAAAUAUGUAAUCUCCAAGAGUGUUUUUGCCCUGUUGUGCUUUAAGUGUGUGUAACAUGCAAAGAAGUGCCGUGCUUGCAAGACGAGAGAGCUUUUUUUUCCCUUUCUAGUCACCAAAGUAUGUAUAACUUAGUCUAGGGCUGUUUUCUAUUGCAUUACAUAGUUCUCCGACCAGGGUUCUCCCCAGCAAUCUUCAAGCGGUGGACUGGACAUUUUGAGAGCGGGUAGGGGGUGAUGUUAAUAUAAGAAUUUCAAAUUUUCCAACAACUUGUUGCUUUCGACACACAUCUACAUUCAAUUUCUGGCCGCUAUGACACACAUCUGUCAAAGGCAGUUUAUUACAUUCUAGUGCACAUUGAAAUGGGAAAGAGGAAAACGUACAGAAGAAGGGAACCUCGGUUGGCAAUAGUUGAGGCGCAUAAAAAAAGAAAACAGCGAGCAAGUGAAUCAAGAACAAGGAAACGGUAAAAUACAACAAACGGAGUACCGGUAUUAAGACAAAGUGGCAAAGUACAAGAGCUGUAUACCACUAACAAGACUAAUGAUUGCACAAAUGACAGCUUGUCAAAAUUAUAAAUAAAGCUUAAUAACUGGUGAUAUGCUGAAGGUAGUAAAUUUAGUUUUGUAAGCUAAGAAGCUUGAUGGCAUGCCUGAAUUCAUGAAAAGAUGAAGAGGUCAGCUCAUAAGCAUUUACUUUGAGAUUUGCGCAUAGAAGACGGCAGCAAGGCCACUUGUCGAGGCUCUCCUUUAGGUACACACGACUAGCUCACCGUAAGACAAGUACCGUAUGCAGGUGUUGCACAGGGGUCCCUCAGGUACGCAUUUCAAAGAGAUCACUCUGAGCGAUGGGUGGCUAAACGGAGUGGCGUUACGGUGGGGAGAACCCUGGCUGUGAUGCUCAUCCACUGUGGCCCCUAAAGAGUCCGCUUUUGCUUUGUACUCUGCGUAACGUGCAAUAUACAGUCAGUACAUAUGUACACGUAAAGAUUUUUUAUCUUAACCUCUCCUUAUUAAUGUGAUGUACAUGAGCAGGUAAAUUAUUUGCAAAUAUGCUACGGUGCACCAGAUUUUCUCUAUUCAAACGAUGGCACGAAAUGUCGGGGAUGAACGUUUUCGGGAGAAGGCAAGCUUUAUUUUCAUCACCAACAAGCCACUGUUUCCCGAGUGCACGCUUGUUUCAAACACAUUGAUCUCAGUCAACAUUAAAACAUUUAUAAUUAUAUUGGCUCAAGUUAUGUUUCUAUUACAAUGCAAGCAUCAAACAAAGCCCAAUUUGGCAUCUAAAAUCUUUUCACAAGGAGAACCACUAUUUUUUUUUAAUCAUUUUGAAAGGUCCAUAGGACAGGCUUAUUGUCUCUUCUGAGCCAAAUGCAAUUUGACAACAGGCUUGCCUUCAAAUCCCAAAGCUAAGAAACUCUGGCAAUGUGUGUGUGUACAAGAAGUCCUUUAUAGUACGGCACCCAGUUUCAGCACUGCUAUGAAGCAAUUCACGUUUUUUGUGUGCUUUAUAUAACAGCAUCUGUAUGCUGAACUGACCAAGCAACUGUGACGGAUUUCUUCGUUUGGCUAUAGCAGCGGAAGUGAUAAGCUUUUGUAUAUUAUGCCCCAACCUUAAAAAACACAAAACAAUUGCAUAAUAUAAUGUUUUGUAGCAUUAAAAAGGUCUUCUGUAUCCAAAAGGCUGAUGGCAUUGCUUCUUUUGCGCACACUGUGCCAUGACUGUUCUUCAGUACAUUGGCUCUGGCAACGGUUGAGAUAUAGUAUGUGAGCAUCGGUGCUGAAUGUGGAUACUGAAGGGAUGUGUGGUUACGUGUUGUUAACUAAGUGCACCCGAACCAUCGGUUUCAGAGGGUGUUGUCACCCCACCCUCCACUUGGGCUGAGCAAUCCUAAUUAGGCGCUGCAUUUUGUUCUACACAGGUUCUGCUGGAAUGAAUCGCAAUCGCAUGUGUAUACUUGAGGUUGCACCACUGCUUAAAUCAACACAACACUUGUGUACGAAUUGCCAUUUCAAUUUUAUUUGCCUACUUUCUGCAGCUGUCGGCAAAAAACUUGUGUGUUCACUUCUCCAACCACAAUGCCUGCAGUACUGUGAAAACCAAAAUGCUUACAUGACGUGGUCCAAAUGAACCUAGUGGCAGAAAGCUUAUAAGCAGAGCUGUGGGAAUAGCAAAAUGUUGAGUGCGAAGCGAAUUCAAAUAAUAAAAUGUGAGUGCAAAUUGAAUCGAAUAUUUCCCUAAUAUUUCUCGAAUAGUUCGAAGCGAAACUGCAGAAAAAAAGUUGGAAAGGAUUCCAAAGCUUGUGACUCCAAAGCUUAAGACUUAUGAGAUAGCAACAUGAAAGUGUUUCUUUUCGCUAGGUUGAUGAAGCACUGGCGGGGUGGUGUUUCAUAGUUGUCUUAUCAAGAAGGAGGCAAUGUAGAGGUCGAAUUGCAUGUAUGUACAUGAUUUGGCGCAACCGAAGUGUUGCCGACAAUACCUUACACGUGAUAGGCAAAGAUGCCAUUUCCUCAGCCUCUCCUCCUCUUUCAACUUCUGUGGAAGCCCUACUGAUGUGGCGAACAAGGAUGUGCUCCCUCCAAGUUUGGAGUUCCAAGUCUGCGUCGUAGUCGUCGAUAUAUAACAACAUCUGAAAUUUUGAUGCUAAAAAGCUUCGGCGUCCGAUUUUUCGGACUUCCUGCCUAAAUUUCAGGUCCCCAACAGUGUUAAUUGAGCCCCCAACUCUGCCACAUCUUUCAUCUCCAUCUUGGAACCAGUGUUUUCUUGAGUUAAUACAUUUGAGACUAUAGCGGAGCUUGAAAGACAGCUUUGCCGCAAUACGGGGUUGUGAUGAGGUGAAGCAUAUUGAAAAUCUGAAGGGGUCACUUUCAGUCGGACAUUGCGUCUUUGCCAAGUUCGACCGUAACGGAGCUUGAAAGGCAGCUUUGCCGCAAUACGAGAGUGUAAUCAGGUGAAGCAUAUUGAAAAUCUGAAGGGGCCACUUUCAAUCGGACGUUGACUGUAUUUGUCUUUGGGAAGUUCGAAUAGUUCGAAUAGUAAAAUUCCAGUGCGAAUCAAAUCGAAUAGCAAACACUAUUUGAAAAAUAUUCAAAAUUUCAAAUAUUCACACACCCCUACUUACAAGCCCUAAGGCUUUCACAUGCCACAAAAGACGUCUUAUCCAAAACCAAUCAAGAAGAGAGUCCAUAACAGAAUCUCGCAUAACCCAAAAGGACCACUUGCUUUUGGAAUGGCACGGGAGAAGUGCUUCCCUCAAAUUAUGAAAUGUCCCAAUUAUUCUACAAGGCGCUCAUUAGGAGAGUAUGCUGGAAACAUGAAAAGGGAAAAAAAUUUUAGCAAUAUUGGUGUGCUCUCAGCUGCAAAACUUUAAAUUUAAAAAAUACUGCUUUUGAUGGCCCCUCUAGCACCGAACAAAAAAAGCUGUGUCAAACGGACCCUGAAACGGAUUUGCCUAUUUUGUAUAAAUUGUUGAGCCAGUAAAGCAAGCCCCAAGAAUCAUUUGCAGACUGAUUUAAGCUUUCUGAAUGCUACAGGGCUCAGCCAAGCGAGUUUUCAACUUCUUGCGCCUUUCUUACGAAGCAUUCUUCCCCGUUACGUAGCACUGACCCGACUGGAUACGUCCAGUCUACGUGACUGAACCUCUGGUGGGCGGUGAGCAUCGUCUGACGUGAGCAGUGUUUAUUUCGAGGUUCCUUACCAUGAAUUGCCCUAGCAGAGUUGUGUGCCACAUAUCUAGCAAUUGGUGACUUGUAAAGCUGGGACGUCGUGUAAGGCAUCUGGUGAAUGAGCGUGGGCCUCUCGCUAUCCGGUCAACCCCAGGAUCGAUGUGUCUGUCCCCCGAAGGCACUACCACAUUGCCCGAGUUUAUGCUCAUUGGUGAUUGUUCUCAAAUACUUUUUGUCUGUCUGCGUGCCUUUGCAGAUUUUCGCCGUACCAGAGAAUAAACUAAGGACGGCUGGUAGCGAGGCAGCACCAUGCGUCUCUGUAGCCCAGCGGUGCCUGGCUGUUACGCGAGUCGAGGAGGCAAAUCAGUGGCGAGGAGGAGGCUAUAACUGACCAAAGCUGCUUUGAUCACUCAAUUUGAUGACGAUAUAGCCUAAACAUUUACAAAAGUUGAAAAACAGUUUCGGGGUCCCUUUAAGGACAAGAACAGUUCGAAAGUAAACCUGGUAUUAACCAACACGUGUGCUUUCAAGUUAAUUAUGGGUUUGUGACAAAACCAAAGACAA